UUACCGUCGUACCCGGAACUGCUUCCAAGAUUUUUUUUUUUCUGGUUUGAUAAACGCUGCAGGCUCCCGGACCCUAGGCAUCCUAGACCCUUGGGGGCCGCGAGAGCGCCCCCUUGUUCCGCCCCUUGGCGGAUUCAGCUUCCACCACCAUGGCUCCUGUGUCAGGCUCGCGUAGCCCUGAACGGGAGGCCUCCGGGGGAAAACGUCGCAGUUCGUCGAGGAGCCCUAAACCCAGCAAAUCUUCCCGCUCCCCGCGGGGUCGCCGCUCUCGCUCGCGCUCUUGUUCUCGUUUCGGUGACCGGAAUGGGCUCAGCCAUUCGCUCAGUGGCUUCAGCCAAAGCUCUCGAAAUCAAUCUUAUCGCUCCCGCUCUCGAUCGCGUUCUCGAGAGCGGCCCUCUGCGCAGCGGAGUGCCCCUUUUGCUUCUGCAUCCUCGUCUGCCUAUUAUGGCGGCUACUCGCGCCCCUACGGGGGCGACAAGCCAUGGCCAAGCCUGCUGGACAAGGAGAGAGAGGAGAGUCUGCGGCAGAAGAGAUUAAGUGAAAGAGAGAGAAUUGGAGAAUUGGGAGCUCCUGAAGUUUGGGGACUUUCUCCAAAGAAUCCUGAACCAGACUCUGAUGAACAUACACCAGUAGAGGAUGAAGAGCCAAAGAAAAGCACUACUUCAGCAUCUAGUUCAGAAGAUGAAAAGAAGAAGAAAAGGAAAUCUAGUCAUUCAAAAGAAAGAUCCAAGAAAAAGAGAAAGAAAAAGUCAUCUAAGAGAAAACAUAAGAAGUAUUCUGAAGAUAGUGACAGUGACUCUGAGUCUGACACAGACUCCAGUGAUGAAGAUUCAAAACGAAGAGCAAAGAAAGCUAAGAAAAAGGAAAAGAAGAGGAAACGGAGAACGAAGAAAUAUAAGAAAAAGAAGUCCAAGAAGAACAGAAAGGAGUCUAGUGAUUCGAGCUCUAAAGAGUCCCAAGAAGAAUUUCUAGAGAAUCCUUGGAAGGAUCGAUCAAAGGCAGAAGAACCAUCAGAUCUCAUUGGCCCAGAGGCUCCCAAAACACUUGCCUCCCAAGAUGAUAAGCCUUUGAACUAUGGCCAUGCUCUGUUACCUGGUGAAGGUGCGGCUAUGGCUGAAUAUGUAAAAGCUGGAAAGCGAAUCCCACGAAGAGGUGAAAUUGGCUUGACAAGUGAAGAGAUCGCAUCAUUUGAAUGUUCGGGUUACGUAAUGAGUGGUAGCAGGCAUCGCCGAAUGGAGGCUGUGCGGCUGCGGAAAGAGAACCAGAUCUACAGUGCGGAUGAGAAGAGAGCCCUUGCAUCCUUUAACCAGGAAGAAAGAAGGAAGAGGGAGAACAAGAUUCUGGCCAGCUUUCGAGAGAUGGUGUACAGAAAGACCAAAGGGAAGGACGACAAGUGACAACUUCCUGACUUCACAAGCAGGCAGUUUUAACAAUGAGGAAAUUGUGGGUUCUAGACAUAAAAGAAGGUUAUUGUUUUGUUUGUGUUUGGGGUUAUUUUUUGAUGUAUGGUUUCAAGUAGUCCAGGUUGGCCUCAGGCUUUGUAGCCAAGGAUACUCUGAACUCUUGGUGUCCUGCCUCCACCUUCCAAGUGUUGAGACUCCAGAUGUGUGCCACCAUGCCCAGCCAAAAGGCUGCUGUGCUCUGAAGUGGCUUCUCAGUGCUUCUGUGCCUUCGGAAUCCUUCAGUCCUUCAAUAACAGAUGCUUGUUGAUAUAAUUAGUAAGUCAUUUGGGGCUUUUUAAGAUUGACCCUAACUUUCUGGUUUGAAAGUCCAAAUUCUGAAGGAAAUCCUGCAAUGUUAGGAAGGCAGCAUAGAGAGAACGUGUCAACAGAAUAAGAAGUUUCAAUCUCACUCUGUGAUUUGGUGUGAAUAUUUUUAGCUCCAUCCAGUGUCUGCUCCUACCCCAGCAGAACUUGGGAAUUCCAUAUCUCUGUCUUGAAUGUGUUACAAAUGGGCUAGACAGAGACUAUGUAGGAGGCUAUUUCUGCUAACAGAAUGACGGUGUUGCUGUAAAAGGCAAUGCUGGAAUUUGAAAACUGACUUGUUUCUACAGUCAGCCCUAGAAAUGUAUUUCGGGCUAAGUCUACCUCCGCUCUAAAAACAAGCAAACCAAAAGGCUAACUCACAUAUGUGUGGAAUAGAAAAUGUGAACAUUAGAUGUUGUAAGUUCUUAAUAAAUUACUUAAAACAGUUCUUUCCGUGGCCAGGGUAUAGCUGAGAGUUAGAACAUGUGCUUAGCAUGCAUGCGGCCCUGAGCUGCAUCCCCAACAGUGCAAAAAAUUGUUUCAAAUACAGUCUUGGGAAGUCUAUUGUUGUGCCAAUAUAAGAGUACUAUUUCUAUCUAAGCUGAUAUUUAAUGGUAGGAUAAUAUGUAAAAGAAUGAGUGUCAGGAGUGCUAAUGAGGGAAAACAUAAGAAGUCAGUAUUUUAAUUAGCUGUUAAUUUCAUGAUGAUGGAAGUAAAAUAGUAAACGUUUCAAUUGUGUCCUUUAUGGAGUCAGAUUUCUUUUUUGAGACAGAGUCUCACUAUGUAGCCCUGGAUGGCCUGGAACUCAUAGAGUUCUGACUGCCUCUGCCUUCCUGGUGCUAGGAUUAGAGGUGGGUGCCACUGCACCUGGCUAUCAGAUUUGAUUUUAAACAUUGUUAAGCUCUUCAGCUUUUUUUAUAUCUAUCAAUGUCUUUAAUCCUUAACUUUGUAGAAACCCUCCUCACUUUAUCACUGUUUGAAAAGUUUAAUAUAUGUUCUGGGGAAGUGUGUUUUUUAACCCACAACUGCUGAACUGGUCAGCAGUUAGCAUGCAGUAACAUCUGUGAUCUUUGAACUUGAAACUGUUUCACUGUAUCUAUACUUCUCAGUCUAGUAAGUCUGUAGUUUCCUAAAGUUUAAUGGAAGCUAGGUUCCAAAGUUGGAAGUCUUAUUAAUCCAUACACUUCCUCCUGUAAUUCAAUGUAAAGUUUAUAAUCCCUACUUUAAAAUUUAUUCUGUAGGGGCAUUAUUUUUUGUUAACUGGCUCCUAGCAACUGGAUAAAUAUGUUUUUAUUUUUCAUAGGCAAUGUAGUUUAAAUGUGACAAUUUUGUGGUGUAUAAGUAUUAUGGGUUUUAUUUUGAUUCUUUUUCUCCAUAGAGUAGAUAUAGUCAAUGAAAGAAAAGGUAGGAAUUUAUUUCAAAACCUACCAUUCCUUGCAUCGGAUUCAUUUGGAUAAGAUCUGCAAAAAUAGUGUCAACGGCAGAUCCUUAAAAAAAGUAGAAGGCUAAAAGUAUUUUGUUUUCAGCUGAUUUGUGUUAUUGCUUCAAACUGUGUUUUGUCACCUAAGCUCUAAGUCAGCCAUUGUUUCCCAAAGCAAAUCUUCCUGGUUUACCACACACACACACACACACACACACACACACACACACACACACACACAUUUCUAAUCAAACAAAACAUUGAGCUAGGAAAUUUCUUCUUUGUUACAUUCCCAGUGAACAAGAUAGUGGCUAGAGUUCUGUCUGUAUCCUUCCUAGUUCUUUAGGCCCAUGUAAAAUCUGUGUAGAACUAUUGUAAUUGAAAUACUUUAUUUUGUUCUCUAAAGAGACAAGCUAGUUUCUCACCUCUUCACCAGUUGUUCGUGGGAUUUUCUCUCCUUUUUUUGAAUUUGUUGUACAAAGAUAAUAGUAAAAAAUAGAAAAGUUGCUCAGUCCUACCACAUGUAUUGUUACAAGUAUUCUGUGUUCCUUGUAUGUCUUUGUCACUCAAAGUGUAGAGUAAUUUUGUCUUGAGUAUUUUAAAAUUGUGUGACCAGGCUUAGGAGUCUUAUUGGGAAAGUAGGAAUACAUGAUGAUCCAGUGUGAAGGUAGAAACAAGACCAGAAAUAAAUAUGGGUGGUAACCCGUCUCUGUUUCAUUGUAAUAAUAACCAUGAUGAAGUGUUCUAGAAGCCAAAACAUUCGCUUUCAGAGUUUGGCAUUGAGGCUUACCUUAUAGUAGAAGAGUUCUGUGAGUAGGAGAACCUUUCAGACUGGUUAGGAUGAGCUACAGAAUUGUUGCCAUUUUGUUAUCCAGCUACCCAUAAAAAUAUGUAUCAAGCCUGGAGGUAGGCACAGAGAAGGACCAAACAGCUAAGGGCCAAUGGGUAAACUUUAGCAAUGUUUGAAAUUCAACUCUGUACUUGCCAGACUCCAAAAUCAUGAUGUAGUGUUGAGAAAAAUCUUAACAACAACAACAACAACAAAAAACUUAUUACAGAAUGGAUAAUGAAUAAAAGCAAAAACGCAGUUGGGUUGUGUACUACAAGUUUAUUAUUCAAUAAAUAUUAUGUGGUUUGA